AAUUCCGCGGUGUAAGUGAAGCUGUCAUGCUUGUGUUUUGCUUUGGCUUUUUUGUUAUUGUUUCGGGUUAGUGGAGCAACUGAGCCCGAAGAGGAAAAACGCGUCUGUGUUUCUCAUGUUUUUGUUGUCUUGUCACGCAUAGUGACUCCUGUAUCUGAUACAGAGACGGCUCGUUUAGACCGUUUUCAGAGAAGUGAGGGCGAUAAAAGGUGCAGAAUAGCCUGCCUUUCUUGUGUGUUGCCAUGGAAAAGGCUUGGCUGGUGGAGUUCAGAAACGUGGGCUGCAGUUACUUCCCUCAGAGCAGAGUCGACUGCCACUACACACUGAGCUCACAGCACAACUGGGCCAGCAAUGACUGGAUAGGGCUCUUCAAGGUGGGAUGGUCGUCAGUGAAGGACUACCACACAUUUGUUUGGGCAUUGGCCCCGGCCGACUAUCAAGAGGGCACAGAUGUCAACUGCUGUGUGCACUUCCAGGCCUCCUACCUACCCAAGGCCAGCUCCGAAGAGUAUGAGUUUGCAUAUAUCGAUGCUAAGGGGGAAGUGUGCUCCCGCAGCUCUAAAUUUACUUUCUGCGCUCCAAAGCCACUUGAGGAUCUGGUGACCCUUGAAGAGGAGCCCCAUGGAGAGGAAGAAGGCACAGAUAUGUUGCUGGUAGUGCCCAGGGCCGAACUGCUGCAGAGUCGACUGCAGGAAUGUCUGCGAGAGCGCGCUGAGCUGCUGCAGGCGCUGGAGGCAGCAAACAGGCAGAGGGAGAAAGAGAAGGAGGAGUACAGGAGGGCGAGAGACGCCUGGGACAGGAGACGCAAAGAAAUAGAAAGUGAUAUCACCAGACUGCAAGGAGAGCUGAAGCACAGUCGAGAAAAGAUUCACGAGAUGGAGAUGGAGCAGAAGGAGCAGCAGGCGUUUGGAGAAUCACUAGCCCAGGAGAAAAGUGCUUUAUUGGAUGCAAGGGAGGCGAGUGAAAUGCGAAUCAAAGAGCUGGAGGAGGAUAUCAAAACCCUGACUCAGAGAACUGUGGAGAGAGAGACAGAGUUGGAAAGGAUGAAGGAAAGAGCAAAGAGGGCAGGAGCUCAGAGAAAAGAGGAGGAGAAUGAAAGAAAGAGCCUGCAGACCAAACUGGAACAGACAGAAGGUGAACUUCGAAGUCUGUCCAAGGAGUUUCAGGGCCUGAGGAAUUCACUGGCCCAGAGAGACACAAGUGUCCUGCAGCUCCAAAACAGCAUCACCACCCUCACCCAAAAGCUCACCACUGCCCACAGGAAAGAGGCUGAGAACGAGGCCACACUGAAGGAGAUGCGGGCCCUACGGGAGCGUCUGAACACGACCGAGCGUGCUGCAGAGGGCUUGAAGAGUGAUCUAAGUGCCAUGGUGGCCCAGAGGGACCACGGCCAGGCUGAGUUGCAUCAGGCUCGUCUGCAGGCUGCCCAGCUCACCCUGCAGCUUGCAGAUUCCAGUCUGGCCCUGAGAGAGGGAAGAGCCCGCUGGGCCCAGGAGAGGCAGACCCUGCAGCGCUCUGCUGAGAAGGACCAGGAGCGUCUGGAGAAACUCAACACAGAGAUGCAGAGGAUGGAGGAGAGGCUUCAGGAGGAGACAAUGGAGAGAGUGAAGCUGGACGUCGAGCUCGGGAGAGAAAAGGAUUGUAACCGGGUUCAGCUGAGUGAAACCCGCAGGGAGCUCCAGGAGCUCAAGGCCAGUCUGAGGGUGGCCCAAAAAGAGAAGGAGCAGCUACAUGCAGAGAAACAGGAGUUGAUGGAGUACAUCUGUCAGCUGGAGCAGAAGAUGGGAACAGCGGCCAGUGCCAAGUGGAGCGCUGCCCCGAGUGCCUCUACAGGGCGGCCCGGCAGUGCGUUAUCUGACUCUGAGGACGAGAACCCAGAGGCUUUGCAGCCCCUCCGUCCACCAAGACCUCUGGGGCACUACAGCCUAUGUGAGCAGGGCCAGCCGGACUCCUUGCUCCUUGCCACCCCUCCUCCCUCCCCCAGGGAAGUGGAGAGGAGCGCAGUGGUCAUCAACCAGCCAGCCCCGCUCUCCUCGCCCCACCAGGCUGACGCUGACACUCUGGCGCACAGCUCUGAUUCGGAGGAGGAAUCUGAUACACUUCAGUGUGGAAGGCACAGCUCUGGAGAGGAAACAGCACUUUUGCUGCCUGAGCACACGGACACUGUUCUCAGUGAUCUGGCCGACACCUCACUAUGGUAACCAGUGGACAUCCAGCCACGGCCACAGCGAACAAAAAAAGGAGAAGGAGGACGGUGUGGUUCCACGUAACUUCCACUAACAAGCACAUAUACAGCUCACUCACCACACAGACAAAAUGUUAAUAUGCAAUUUACAUCGUAUCUGCCGUGAACCUCGGUUUUCCCCUCCUAGACUGUUGUGUUUUUUUAGCUGUUUUGUUGUUAGGAAUGACAUAAUGCUCAUGGUGGCUGACAUAAGACUGUUGCACAGUUUGAAGCAGCGUGCUUUUGGGGCAUGGGCUCUGGCGUUUGAGAGUUCGCAGGUUGUAGCAGAAUGAUUUCUGUUGAAUCAUUGCUAUGUCGAGAGCUUUACGAUGGAUGUUAUGUCGUUUUUAUGACAUUUGUGAUUAGGAGUCAUGACAGGCACUGUAAUUAUGAUGUUUUGUGCAGGCCCGGCUCCACUGGAAAUCAUGGCAAAACUCUAUUCCAGCAUUAAAUUCUCCACAGCAGCUUUGAGCGCUAUUCACGGCAGCAUAAAGUAAUGAUACAGCAUCAUGCUAGAAUUAUAUUGCAGUAAUGUAAGUCUAUGACAUCAUAUUUCUCCUCCAUUUACUCAGAAGUAAGAUUUGAUAUGCACUUUCUUGCACGCGUUAGCAGUUGAUUGUUGUCAUGCAGAUGCAGUUAAGGAGAUUUAGUGACGCAGAGGCGCGCUAUAAGAUGGACAAGCAUUUGAAAUAGAAAGCUUAUUGAACAGAUUGUGUUUAAAAGCUAUUAAAUAGAUGCCAGAUGCAACUUUCUACUUUAGUAACGUCAUAUCAUCAUUAUUAUAAAAAUGAACGCUCGUAAGCUUUUCACUAUGGAUCAGCUGCGGUUUUUACACGUUAACGAUCCUGGAUUUUACAUUACAAAAUUAUUGAAAUGCUAAUUUACUAGCUGGCCAUUUGGAUAUUUAGUGUUUGUUACGGUUUGUAUUGUACAGAAAUCUUCAUGCAGUUCUAAAUUUGUGCCUAAAACAAUGAAAAUAAGGAGUCAAAGAAAAUCAUCUUUAUAGAUCCUGACACCAUGACAUGGUGUUGGUAUUUUCCCUCAGCCCUAUGGCAAUAUACUGCCUAAUAAAAAUUGCUGCCUACCUUUUAAUCAAUACUGUAUGCAUUUUUCAUGAUUUUCUAUUUAUAAUUAACUUGAGUUAUGCUGCAAUGAAACUAUAUUCAGGUUUAGUUUGUGUUUGGGUUUUUUUUUUUU